UAUCUCAAUUUCUCGCACUUAAUCUUGGCUCCACGUCAGAAGCUGUGCAGCAGUGCAGCAGAACGGGAGAACAGAAAACCCCCUUUUCCCUGUGUCUUGUAGAUAUAUUUUUUUCUUUCUUUUUCUUUCCUUUCUUUAUUUUUUCCUUACCAGUGAAUCGUUGUUUUAUUUCUGCACUUCCUCUAUGUUACCAUAGCUCAGCGAAUUUCCGAGCUGGAUUACCUAUUGAUUGCCUUCCCUCCUCCCCCCCUCCCCUUCAUCCCUUCCAGGCUCACCGGGAUGGACAUACACGUUUGGAUUUCUCAAGGCUUCUCCCCCCGCUCUGACUAACAUGGAUGUCCCACCAUUCCUUGCAGUUGAAGGUUGCUCCUUGGCGCAGUGAGGGAAGAACAUGCAGGGAUUGCUAAUGGGUUUGGGAAGCGGAUCCUCCUCGCUCUUGUCUGUGUGACUGUGACCAUGCCGUGAUCGUGUCUGAGGGCCAUCACUCUAUCUCCUUUCAUUCUUACCCUGCCGGGGAACCUGACGUUCUAUUGGAACCGUGGAAUGUGCUUUGGAACCAUGAAGAUUCUAUGCCCUUUUGGAACUCAUUCAUUCUUCAGGUGCACCCUAAGAUUCAUCGUGUGCUUGUUUUGGAUAGGCUAUUCGCAAGGGACAACACACGUACUACGAUUCGGAGGUAUUUUUGAAUAUGUGGAGUCUGGACCUUUUGGGGCUGAAGAAUUAGCCUUCAGAUUUGCUGUAAAUACAAUUAACAGAAACAGAACUUUACUGCCAAACACUACGUUAACAUACGAUACUCAACGGAUAAAUCUCUAUGACAGUUUUGAAGCAUCCAGAAAAGCUUGUGAGCAGUUGUCUCUGGGAGUUGCAGCUAUAUUUGGACCUUCUCACAGUUCUUCAGCUAAUGCGGUGCAAUCUAUAUGUAAUGCACUCGGAGUUCCACACAUCCAGACUCGUUGGAAACAUCAAGUCUCAGAUAAUAGGGAUUCAUUCUAUGUCAGCUUGUACCCAGACUUUUCGUCACUCAGUCGAGCAAUCCUUGAUUUGGUACAAUUCUUCAAAUGGAAAACUGUUACAAUUGCUUAUGAUGACAGCACAGGAUUAAUAAGACUUCAAGAGCUGAUCAAGGCUCCAUCAAGGUAUAACCUGAGAUUAAAAAUUCGCCAAUUACCUAUGGACACAAAAGAUGCUAAGCCAUUACUGAAGGAGAUGAAGCGAGGCAAAGAGUUUCACGUAAUUUUUGACUGUAGUCAUGACAUGGCAGCAGGCAUCCUAAAACAGGCAUUGGCAAUGGGAAUGAUGACAGAAUAUUAUCACUAUAUUUUCACUACACUGGACCUAUUUGCCCUGGAUGUUGAACCAUAUAGGUAUAGUGGUGUUAAUAUGACUGGAUUCCGAAUUUUGAAUAUAGAGAACAGCCAAGUAUUAUCUAUCAUUGAAAAGUGGUCCAUGGAAAGACUGCAAGCUCCACCUAAGCCUGAUUCUGGAUUGCUGGAUGGCUUUAUGACGACUGAUGCAGCAUUAAUGUAUGAUGCAGUUCAUGUUGUAUCUGUGGCUGUACAGCAGUUCUCACAAAUGACUGUCAGUUCAUUACAGUGUAAUCGUCACAAGCCGUGGCGAUUCGGUGCUCGUUUUAUCAGCCUCAUUAAAGAAGCUCACUGGGAAGGCCUCACAGGAAGGAUAACGUUCAACAAAACCAAUGGCUUACGGACUGAUUUUGAUUUAGACGUGAUCAGUCUCAAGGAAGAAGGUCUUGAAAAGAUUGGAACCUGGGACCCUGCUAGCGGUUUAAACAUGACAGAAAGCCAAAAAGAAAAACCAGCUAACAUAACAGAUUCCUUAUCUAAUAGAUCAUUGAUAGUCACAACACUUUUGGAAGAACCUUAUGUGAUGUUUAAGAAAUCUGAUAAGCCACUUUAUGGGAAUGAGAGAUUUGAAGGAUAUUGUAUUGAUCUGCUUAUGAAGUUAUCUCACAUUCUGGGAUUUAAGUACGAGAUCCGACUGGUGGAAGAUGGAAAAUAUGGGGCAAAGGAAGAUUCCACGCAGCAAUGGAAUGGGAUGGUUCGUGAACUUAUGGACCAUAAAGCUGACCUUGCAGUUGCACCAUUGGCUAUAACUUAUUCACGAGAACAGGUCAUCGACUUCACGAAACCUUUCAUGACCCUUGGAAUAAGUAUUUUGUACCGAAAGCCCAAUGGUACAAACCCAGGCGUCUUCUCCUUCUUGAAUCCUCUUUCCCCUGAUAUCUGGAUGUAUAUUCUGCUGGCUUACUUGGGUGUCAGUUGUGUGCUCUUUGUCAUAGCCAGGUUUAGCCCCUACGAAUGGUAUAACCCACACCCUUGCAAUCCUGACUCAGAUGUGGUGGAAAACAAUUUUACCUUGCUAAAUAGUUUCUGGUUUGGAGUUGGAGCUCUCAUGCAGCAAGGUUCUGAGCUCAUGCCCAAAGCACUCUCCACAAGGAUAGUAGGAGGAAUAUGGUGGUUUUUUACACUUAUCAUCAUUUCCUCCUAUACUGCCAACUUAGCUGCAUUUCUAACAGUGGAACGUAUGGAAUCACCAAUUGACUCUGCAGACGAUUUAGCCAAACAAACAAAAAUAGAAUAUGGAACUGUUCAAGAUGGUGCAACAAUGACAUUUUUCAAGAAGUCCAAAAUUCCUACUUAUGAAAAAAUGUGGGCCUUUAUGAAUAGCAGAAGUCAGUCGGUGCUUGUCAAAAAUAAUGAAGAAGGUAUACAGCGUGUGCUAACCUCCGAUUAUGCUUUUCUAAUGGAGUCAACAACCAUUGAAUUUGUCACACAACGGAACUGUAACCUGACACAGAUUGGAGGCCUUAUAGAUUCAAAAGGUUAUGGUGUUGGAACUCCCAUGGGUUCUCCAUACAGAGAUAAAAUCACAAUCGCUAUUCUCCAACUCCAAGAAGAAGGGAUUCUUCAUAUGAUGAAGGAAAAAUGGUGGCGGGGUAAUGGAUGCCCUGAAGAAGAGAGUAAGGAGGCCAGUGCUCUUGGAGUUCAAAAUAUUGGUGGCAUCUUCAUUGUUUUAGCUGCUGGAUUAGUUCUCUCAGUUUUUGUUGCUGUUGGAGAAUUUCUGUAUAAAUCCAAGAAAAAUGCUCAGUUGGAAAAGAGAUCUUUCUGCAGUGCAAUGGUGGAGGAGCUGAGGAUGUCUCUAAAGUGUCAACGACGUUUGAAACACAAACCCCAGCCUCCUGUAAUAGUGAAAACAGAAGAAGUUAUUAACAUGCACACGUUUAAUGAUAGAAGAUUGCCAGGAAAAGAAACAAUGGCAUAAAGCUGCGAGUCAGGCUUCUCCAAGCACAAACUGUCAGCUUUUUGUUUUAUUUUUUCCAAACAACUCUGCGAGAAUGUUUCCUGUGGAAAUAUGCAACCUGUGCAAAAUAAAAAUGAGUUACCUCAUAUCGCUCUGUCUAUGAACGCGAAACUUACUUGAUUCUUUCGUCGGACUAUUCGUACAAGAAUCAUGGAUGAACCAAGAACUUCUGCGGAGGUUAAACUGUUUUUAAGGGGUCCACCAUUCUUCUGAAUGUAAAUGUGUACGUUUUGUGGUUGCUUUUUCAAACAAGGUCCCAAUGAGAAAACAAGAAGUUAUUUUUUUCAAGCUUAUCUGGGUUAGGAAAUCCAUUUCACCAUUUCAGAUUAAUUGAAGAAUAAGUAUCAAUAAAAUCAGAAAUAAACUUGUUGAAGAAACUGUAUGAUCUUUGGUUCCCCCGCAAACAAAGAUAAGAAGAACAUAUGGUACAUUAUUGCAAACCCAAAUUAAAACGAAAAUAAAUUAUAUAGGUUUAUACUCUAUGGGCAACAUGAGAUUACUAAAAGAUGGCUUAGAAAUCAUGAAAAUCAUGAUUAUUAAAAAUAUAUAUAUAUAGUAUGAAAGGAAGAUUCUUAUCUGCUUUGUGGACUCUGUGUUUCACUGUCGUAAAUAAAACAAAAUGUCAGUAAACAAGGCAAUAAUUGUAUUGUUCAAUUCAAUCAGAAUACAGUAUUUCUGUGUGCAGAAUAUUAGGUUGGAUCAGUUCAUUCUGAUGCACUGUUAAGGCGUUCAGGAGAAUGUAUCUUAAUUGUAUAUUGCAUAGAGGGAUAAUGUAAAUGUGGAGGAGAAAAGGUUACAUUUUAGCCUAAAAGGAUUUUUAAAAUGUGUUCCUGUUACCAUUUGAACCCCACUGAGCCUCUGCAGCUCCCUCCAACUGUGGAAAAUGCACAGACCACUUAAGACAACUUUCCAUGGAGAGAUUUAAGUGGGCUGCAUUCAUCAAUACAGUCAGUGUUUAAUGAUCAAAAUCCUCGAGCAAUUUUUAUUUAAAAAAAAAAAAUGUUCAGGUUUAUUUGUGGAAAUGCAAGAUUUCUAUAAAAAUAGUUUUUGUAUGGAGAUUUUUGUAAUACUUUUUAUCAACAAAAUCCAAACAUACGUUUCUUUCAGGGGUGUGAUGCCAAGCAUGAACGGUAGUGUGUGAGCACCACCAAUGUUUGGUGAGAUUAUUUUUAUCACGUUUGAGCCCACUAUUGAAAAUGUAAAACAAAAAAAACAAAGAGACAGAAUUAUUUUCAAUUUCAGUAUUGCUAGUUGCACUACCAGCACUGCUUACCAUUCUACACCCCUGACUUUCACUAAGCUAAGAACAUACUGUAAUAAACAAUUGUGUGUAAAUGGUAAAAUACACAGUCUUCUUGAACACAUUGUGAUAACAGUUGAAGUGCACACAGUUUCCUGUUUGAAUACAAUGCACAAAAUAAACAAAAACAAAAACAAAAUGGAUUUAUCUAUUUUAUUUUGUAUAGACAGUUUACAUCCAUGUUUUAAUGGAUUGCAAAUAAAGGAAUAGACAGAGGAGCGGGUAUAGAAAUGUGACUGCAAGUGGUUCCCUGCCACUGCUCAAUAUCUAUAUUAAAAAACAAAAAAACAAGCAACACAAA